AACUCAUUCCCAAGCCAGCGACUUCAUGUGAAGAUCCUCCACUCUACCUCUGCCUAAGAAUGGGCAAACCUUCAAAUAAAAGAAUUCCAAAGUCUACUCCAAUUAUGUCAUAUGGAAAGAAACGGAUGAGACCAGAGUAUUGGUUUAGCAUUCCUAGAAAUAGGUCAGAUGAGUUAUACAACUUCUUCCAGCUCUGGGCUCCUGAUAUUUAUGGAGAACUACAGGAGGAAGAGAUAUUCUCUAAGGGGUUCAUCCUUGUAGAAGAGGACACAGAGCUCUGGGAUGAAGAGGAAAAUGAAGAAGGGGAAAUUGGUGACAGUAUAGGAGGAGAGCUCAAGGACAUGACCAAAGAAUCUUGGGAG